GGUUUUGGAGCUCCUUUCAAUCUGAACCAACUGGCAGAGAUAACGGGCAAAACUCAAGGAGAUCCACAGUAUGGCUCGGCGUGUUGCCGUAAUUGGAGCAGGAUGCGCUGGAUUGACCAGCAUAAAGUGCUGCUUGGAUGAGGGUCUGGAGCCAGUGUGCUUUGACAGCAGCGAUGACAUUGGAGGGCUCUGGAGAUUUAAGGAGACACUAGAGACUGAACGCUCCAGCAUGUACCGAUCACUGGUUGUAAAUACCUCAAAAGAAAUGAUGUGCUUUAGUGAUUUCCCGAUGCCAGCCCACUUCCCAAACUACAUGCAACACUUCAUGAUGCUAAAGUAUUUACGGCUGUAUGCUGAGCACUUUGACCUGCUCAAGUACAUUCGCCUCCAGACAACUGUGCUCAAUGUGAGCCAGAGGCAUGACUUCUCUCGCACAGGCCAGUGGGAGGUCGUAACUGAGAACAAAGAUGGACACAAAGAAACACAGGUGUUUGAUGGGGUGCUUGUGUGUUCAGGAUGCUUCACACACCCUAUUACACCCCUCUCAGCAUUUCCUGGAAUAGAUACAUUUCCAGGGAAGUGUUCCCACAGUUGGGAAUAUAAGGAUUCACAGCCAUUCCAUGGGAAGAAGGUGGUGGUUAUUGGCACUGGCAACUCUAGUGGAGAUCUUGCUGUGGAGAUCAGCAGAGUGGCAGAAAAAACUUUUCUGAGCAUGCGUGAAGGAACAUGGGUUGUGGGCCGUAUGUCUACCGGUGGCCUGCCUAUGGACAUGAGCAUGCUUACACGCAUGAAUACCCUUCUGCUGGAAGUGCUUCCUCGAGAUUUCCUGAACUCGGCAGUGGAGAAUUUCUUCAAUAAGAAAUAUGAUCAUAGGCUGUACAGACUGCAGUCCACCCACAGGAUACUCGACCAACAGCCCAUCAUUAAUGAUGAGCUACCAGGACGCAUCCUUCAGGGGGCAGUGCAGUUGAAACCAAACGUGCGAGAGUUCCGAGGCUCGACUGUUGUAUUUGAGAACGAGGCAAUCGAAGAUGGGAUAGAUGCAGUUGUCUUCUGUACAGGAUACAAGCCAAGCUUCCCAUUCUUAGUGUUUUCAAAGGACAAUGAUCCUGUGGGGGAAGUGAGCCUCUACAAAAGAGUCUUCCCUCUGUUCCUAGAGCGCCCCACGCUGGCCUUCAUAGGGUUACUCUAUCCCUUAGGACCUUUAAUGCCUAUAAUGGAAAUGCAGGCACGAUGGGCCACCCAAGUCUUUGCAGGUUUAAAGCAACUUCCUCCCAGAGAAAAAAUGCUCAAGAUCACUGAGAAAGACUUCAAAGAAAAUCUGAAAAGAUACGGUUGUCCAAAGAAAGCUGUUCUCAAUAUAGACUAUCUCCCUUACUUGGAUCUCAUUGCACAAGAAGUGGGUGCACGUCCCAACCUCUUGUGGCUGUUCCUGACCGAUCCCGGUUUGGGUUUGAGGGUUCUGUUCGGUCCCUGCACCCCGUAUCAGUUUCGGCUGUGUGGGCCGGGUAAGUGGGAUGGGGCUCGUCAGGCCAUCCUCACCCAGUGGGAACGUGUUACCCAGCCAUUCAAGACACGCCCCGUUCCAGAGCUGAAAACCUCUUCUGGACUACGCUACUGGUUAAUUCUGGCAGGAGGACUGAUGCUGAUGUUCGUACUCCUUGAAUUGCAGAAGAGAAGUGACCUUUUUACGGUUGCUGAUUAGAUAUAAUACGGCCUCUAUAGCAUUAGUCUGCUCUAAAGAUUUGCAUUUAAGUAGAACAAUUU